AUGCAUGACAAAACAAACCAGAUACCACGACCCUCAAGCCCAGUACCAGGCCCUGCUCUCCCCAUCACUCCGCCUUCUUCGCCAUUCAAGUCCAAGACCGUCCGUGAUAACGGCUUACAAACGCCUCAACAGAGUCGUGCUUCGCGAGUUCGGCGCGAUCUCGAGCCCAGAACUCCUCCAACAAGUCCUCACACGCCACCAGACCGACGCCACACCGGAGAACAAGAGGCACGCCGCGCUACCUUUUCAGCAAUCGAAACCUUGAAGAAGUGCCUACCUGUUCACCGAAAAGAAUGCGCUGCCGUAGCAGAAUCGACCAAAACCGCCUGCAAGAUCACCUUACCCGCCAGGAAUAUCUCCCAAUUUGAUGAAAUCCUUGCCCGGAUAUCAGAUAAUCUCAAGGGUGGUCUCUCGGAACAGACCUUGAAUGACUUGGUAACCCUAGCUCUCUGCCAUAUUCAUAAGGGGAGGCCCCGCUCUACCCUGGACAAGGUAUCACGUCUGCUUUUUACAGCGCCCAGCAUUGAUACACCGAGCUGGUUGGUGGCCAAGGUCAUUCAGAGCAUUGUCCCCGAGCUUCGCGCCACGUGUCUUUCAAAUGGCCACUCGCCGUAUGAUACCACAAGCAUGGUCGGAGGUCGGAACGUGCACAUCACACGCGAGAUCUUGAAGCGAGUCACUGAACCGGACAUCUUUCGGGACGAUUUCCAGCUCCGCGCAUACCUGGAGGUACUCGGGGAGAGCAUGUUCUGUGGCUUGCACAGAGAGGAAGAGGCGCCGGGCCGCGUCGCGGAGUGGUUUUCGGAAAUCCGAGUCAUUUGCCCCUCCAUUGAGUCGAACCCGGCAGUCCAUCCCGCAAAGGACUUUCGAGCGGACAUCGCGGCCAUCAAAAGACUAGAGCACAGGCGGUGCGACUUGACAGGCUAUGAAAUCUCUCCAUUUAUACAUGAGCCUCCUGGGAAGUCGAAAGGGAUUCAGAAUAUAAAGAACGCGUUGAAGCCAAAAUCAGGGCCCGCGAAGGGCCAUGUCUACGCAUAUGAAGUCGAGGGGAAUGCUGGCUUGGUUAAGAUAGGUUACAGCAAGAACACGGUCCAAGUAAGGCUCGAUCAGCACGCCUUGGUCUGCAAUCGACUGCCGAAGAAACUCUUUCCUCUUUCCGAGAGCCCCGACAGAGAAGUCGACCAUCCUUUGCUCGUCGAGGCAUUAUGCCAUGCCGAGCUGAGCAGAUUUCAGACCAAGGUAGACUGUGAGGCAUGCUUGCGCAAGCAUGAAGAAUGGUUUAAUGUCUCGCCCGAGUCUGCGAUUGUCACCCUUCAGAAGUGGUCAGGUUGGAUGGAUCGAACCAAGUCUAAAUCGAACUGGAGACAAGCCUUGGAAAAGGAGUUGAAUCUCAGGGACACUGAGGGAUUAUUAAUGGAGAUAUAUGAUAAUAUCUGA